AUGGCAGAGGAUACGUUACAUGCUCUUUGGGGCUGCUCUGGUUUGAACGUGGUUUGGGAUGAUGAAAGAUGGAGCUUUCGGUCAAGGGAGGUCUUCACUGAUUUCAAGCAACUCUACGGAUGGUUAUUGGAGAAGGGGAAGCCGCUUCAGCUCUUUGCUAUCCAAGACCUGAAACAUGCUGCACAAGAACGCUGGAAUGAGAUUAGAUCAGGCAAUCCUCUGCCAAACCCGAUCAGACCACAGCCCAAGCCAAAAUGGUCAGUCCCACCACUGAACAAAUAUAAGAUAAAUUAUGAUGGAGCAAUCUCAAAGGCAGACAACAAAGCAGGGAUUGGAGUGGUUGUUCGCAACUGCAAUGGAGAGGUAAUGGCAUCCUUAAUUCAACAAUUGGAGCAAGCUUUCCAGCCUGUGGAAGUGGAAGUCAUUGCUGCGUGCAGAGCAGUGGAGUUUGGCAGUGAGAUUGGAGUGGACUGUGCUAUUGUGGAGGGUGAUUUAGAAGUGAUAGUGAAGGCUUUGAGGAACAAUGACAAUGGAUUGACUCCUUUUGCACCACUGAUAAAUGAUGUCUCUUUAUUUUUGGGUUUGUUUUCAGAAUUGUCAUACUCUCACAUUAAGAGAGAUGGCAACAAAGUUGCUCAUAGUUUAGCUAGGCUAGCUUUGACCACACCAGGUUGUACCGUGUGGAUGGAAGAUGUCCCAUCUCUCACUUUACCCUUUGUUCAGGCUGAUUUGGCCGCGCAUUGA